CUAACCAAUGACUCUCAGUUUUGACGAAGCGCUCGAAGUCGCUAACAACAGGCCCAACGAGGGAGCAUGGCAGUCGCCCUUGGCCAGACCUCAUCAGCGGUCCCCCAGCAUUUCCUCUCUAGAUGGUAUGUGUCUAGAGGUCGUCGAAGAUGGCCAACUCAACCUCGACCUGUCCACCCCGUUCAUGGCUGACAUGUUCCUUGGGACGUCCAGCCUCCCCGAUGCCAUGACCCCUGAGGAGCGCAGGAAGGUUGCGGCUGAUUUGGCUCCAACGGCCACCUUCGAAAUGGUCAAGCAGAUUCCUCGACAACUUCUUGAACACGAUGGGGAAGAAGGUCAAGCACUGAGGCAGCAGCUACUCCGUGGAUCGACUGUCGCUAUGUUCUGUGCUGGCUACAAGGGCAAGAAGUUUAUUUACCAGAGGGCGGCUGAGCUCGGUGUGAAGGUCGUCGUUAUUGAUGGUGAGGACUCAUGGGCCGAGGAGAUGGUCGCUGAGCAGAUCAUCGCCAAGUUCAUCCCGAUCGACUUUGCUGCUGACAAUGAGGUCGUCUUCCAACAAGCCUUGGAUGCUGUGAAGUCGCUGAAGGACGACCCUCUCGUAGGUCCUGUCGAUGGUAUCUGCACCUUCAUCGAGCUAGCCGUGCCCAUGGCUGCUAGGUUGUCAGAGGCCCUAGGCCUCCCUGGUCCUUCGGUCGCGUGUGUCGAUAUUGCUCGUGACAAGCACAAAACUCGUGAUAUAAUGACCGCUAAGGGUCUGCCGUCCAUCAAGAACUUCCUGAUAACCGACCCGGCCCAGCUGGAGGAAGCCGGGGAACACGUUGGGUUCCCAGCAGUGCUCAAGCCUAUCGCUGGAGCCGCCUCUCUCGGUGUCCAGAAGGUGACCGACAUGGAUGAUCUUAGACGUACCUAUGGUGAGCUCGUCAGACUGAUGGCUGGACUGAGGGUCAAAGCUGGUGCCUUGGAGAGAGUGACCAGAGUUCGUGCGGACUCGGCCAUUUCUGAAGUGAUCGAUGGUGAUGGUAUCAAUGCUGAACUCAUCAUCGCCUUAGACAUGAUGCUCGAGGAGUACCUAGAUGGCGACGAGGUGGAUGUGGACUGUAUUUUCUCCGAUGGCGAAUGCAGAUUCUGUUAUGUUAUCGAUAACGGUCCGACGGUGGAGCCUUAUUUCGCUGAGACCUGGGCGGCUCUCCCUUCCCUUCUUCCUGAAGAUAAGGUCCUCGGACUCAAAAACAUGGCUCAGGACGCUGUUGCUGCCAUUGGAUUCACCAACGGAGUCUUCCAUGUUGAAGGCAAGUUCACCAGUCGUGGCCCUCGUUUGAUCGAAGUGAAUGCUAGAAUGGGUGGUGGUCCUACUAGACUCAUCCACACGUAUGUCAGCGGCGUCGACCUAGUUGUUGAACAGCUGCUUAUGACGGUCGGUAUCCCUUCGAGACCGCCUAUUCAGCCCACUGGCAUGUGCAUCGCCUAUUCUUUUGUUGGAGCUCCCAAAUCUGGCGUCGUCAACAGCACGGAGUUUUUGGACAAGUUCCGUGAUAUCCCUGGUAUGAUCCAACUGAGUGCUCUCGUCCACGAUGGAGAAGUUGUCGUUGGACCGGAGGAAGGCAUGCCUAGCUGGAUCGCCGAGAUCGUCGUAGCUCUCAGCGAUGGGCAAGAGGCUAAGGAUUUGGUUAUAAGGACUAGCACUGAAAUAGUCGACGAUUGCUUGUCGAAUAUGUAG